GCUCGUUCGCAGUGCGUUCUAAAUAAUAUAGUCGGUUGUGACAAAAUAAAUGCUUUGUGCGUGUUGAACUUGGUUGCCCUCCGUUUUUGGUCCGCUAUUAACACCAGCCCUUGGGAACCUCUCCCGACGGUGCAGGACAGUGCAAAGCAAUAAUCAAAACAAGGAUGUGAAGUGUUAUCACAAUGAAUGAUCAUUGUUGAAUGGAAAUAGUCUUCAAUGUGCUGCGUAAUAUGUUACAAAGGGUCUAAGCUGUUGUGUGUGUUUGCGUGUGUGUGUUUUGUUUUCUCUCUAUGUGUGUACCGUUUGGGUCGCCCUUUCCCUCAUUGGAGGUUGUGCACGAUCACUGAAUGAUCCAUGAUUCUCGAUCAUCCAAAAAGGUUCCCCAUUUACCGUCAGUGUGUUGUGCGUGUGUGUGUGAUUUGAUAGGACACGUUCUUAUCAACUGACAGCAGUAGAAGUGUUCCGGUAGAAGAUUUGUCGUACCGUCCCGUACCGACCCAAACUGAAAAGGGCACACAUUCACCAUGGACACCACCGUCGUCGAUCAAAAAGGCAACGCUGGCCUACCAAUGAAGCUGCCAGGAGCACCAUUGAAUCCACCAAUGAUCGAUUCGAACGAGGAUCCACAUCCGAGUCUAUCCGAUUGGCACGACUACGAACCGAACCUGGAGUUUGAUGACACCGAGCUGACCCAUCCAUCGCCAGAACCGGGAACGACUACCGUGUUUGACGAUAUCAACUAUUCCGCCGAAUUUGAAAUCCCAUCGGAGGACGAAAUCAUCAAAACCACUCUCGAGGCGGACAAUUACGAGGAACAGCUGACGAUGGUUGGGCACGACGAGAACGCCAUCCGGAAGGAUUUCAAGCGGCGAAAAUUCAUCGAAUUCAUCGGCACGGAUAAGCAGGGCCAACCGAUUAUAGCGAUCUACGCCUGCAGGUUACCGGAACGGAAAGAUCUGAACUCGAAUAUUUUUAUUGAUUUUAUUAUAAAAUCGAUGGAAGAAUUCGUCCAGAAUGACUACAUCAUCGCGUACUUCCACCAGGGUAUGAAGGAUAACAGCAAACCAGCGCUCCAGUUCCUGUGGAAUUCGUACAAAGAGCUCGAUCGAAGCUUUAAGAAGAACUUAAAGAAACUAUACGUGGUCCAUCCAACCACGUUCAUCAGAAUGGUGUGGUUCUUCUUCAAACCGAUCAUCAGUGAAAAAUUCAAGAGCAAACUUAUCUACACAAGCAGUCUGGACGAGCUGAAACAAUCACUCGGACUGAACACACUGAAAGUGCCGGAUCCAGUACGAGAAUUCGACGAAAAGAUCAACAACGGCACUCGAUACACGCUGCGGGGCAGUAAAUCUAGUCUGAAGAGUAGCCGGUCACUCGAGAACCUCCCCAAGUCGGCACAGUUCGGUGUGUCGUUGCGGUUCAUCAUCGAAAAUAGCGCCUGCCUCAACUGUAUACCGCCGAUCGUGCGAAAGUGCGUCGACCAUCUGUCACUACCGGACGUGGUCGAAACGGAAGGCAUUUUCCGCCGAUCAGGCAACUACGCACGAAUAAAAGAGCUUCGCGCUAAGAUCAAUGCAGGCGAAGAGGUGCAACUAUCCAACGAAGACACACACGUCGUAGCCUCGCUGCUGAAAACGUUCCUGCGCGAGCUUGAAGAACCACUGCUCACGUACGAGCUGUACGAAGACAUUACCCAGUUCAGUGAAUGGAAAACGGAGGAGCAACGUUCACGCAACGUCAAGCAGCUGUUACGCGAACGGCUACCGGAGGAAAACUACGAACUGUUCAAGUACAUCGUCGAGUUUCUGGGCAAAAUAAUGGAGCGCAAAGAUUUCAACAAAAUGACCUCCUCCAAUCUGGCGAUCGUGUUCGGUCCGAACUUGAUCUGGCCAAAGCAGGAACAGAUGUCACUGGACGAGAUUGGCCCCAUUAAUGCGUUCAUUGACUACGUGCUGCAGCACCAGGACGACAUCUACUUUGUGGAUAUCAACAAAAAGGAUCGCGGUGCGUACGAUUAACAGCGGCUGAUCUAAGACGGCUCUCGCGGGUAAGGGUUGGUAAUGGAGCGGGAGCCAUCUUACGGUGGACGAUCUACAAAAACACACAUUGGAACGGAAACAUUCUAUUUUACAAGCGAUAAAUACCAAGUAUAUCAUAGCUGUUUUUUGUGUAGAGAUGUGUACGGUCUUGCGAGUGACCUUUCUCGCAGAGGAAACACUCCUACCAAUUUAUCUAGUGUUGGUCAACUGAUAAGUAGUGCAGAAUAUGUUAGCUUUAAGGAACUCUUGAAGGAAGGUGUGAGUUGAAGCGCAUGCGGACCGAGACUGUGUGUAUAGCGAGGAUUGUGUUUGAUAUAGUUGUAGCACAAAAGGGAACGGGGAUAAAAGGGAAAAUUCGUUUGGAAAGGCUCGAAACUAGAGGGAAGCUGCUUCGUAGGUGGUUUCCUUUAUUUUUUGGGUUUCCUUUUCCUUCCAUUUGUUCUAGUUGUGUAAGUGUAAGAUGAUUUUAAAUGCAAUUGAAACAGAGAGUGUAAUACAGUUAGCUAGCUAGUGUGUAAUGGGUUCGGUUGGAAUUGAGGUUAUGGAUGCAGAACACAGAUGUGAACAGAUCUGAAUCCUGCAGUUCCUGUGGUAUUUGUGCAAGUUUGUGGUAAGAUUAUUGUAAAAUGUAUAAAGUAGCACGUUGGAUAGCGUAUUGGCAAGCGAGAUAGUCAGAGAAAUAUGAAUUGUUGAUCAUUUAUUAUUAUUUUUUAUUUUUUUUUUAGCGGAAUAAAUUCUAACAAGCGAGAGCUGCUAGGUAGGAAGAACGGAAAAUAGUGAAGAAAAAGUUAACCAUUACAAACCCAGAGUAUCUGAUUGUAGGGCCAGAUGCAUAUCCUCGAAGAGGGAAAACCAAAGAAAUCACGAUAAAACACAAAAAUUCCAGACAAACAGCACAAAACUUAGGGGAAUUCAUUUCCUCCCGUCCGUGUACAACGCCAACAUUUGCAGCCAUGUCCAUAGAGAGAAGGCAAACUAAACUAGCUAUCAUCAAACAGGUAGCAUCACGUUUCCAUUACUAAUUCAUUAGUCAGCAAAUCAAUUCAGCAAUAGUAGUGUGCGCAACCCGAUUACACGAAAAAGAGAGGAAAAUUACUGACGAAGGCCAAACCACAAUUUUAAUCGAGAAUUUUAAUAUAAUAUACAUAACAAUAAUGUGAGGGAAAACAUGAAAUCAACACGUAUACAUGGUGUUUUGGUUUUUGGAAAAGAACCUGGACGAGCAAUUAAUUGUUGCAAUCUUAGAAGAACCCAAUAAAAGGGCAACGGAAAUUCUUCAAAUACGGAAUAAAAGAAUUCGUUAAAGUCGGAACAUCACCCAUACUAAAAUACAAGUGCAGGAAAUUACAAGUAUUAACACUAAAAUCAAUUAUUCAAUGAUAGCGAUGUAGGGGAGGCAAAAUAAUAUCAAAAAACCAUCCAAGUCAAACAUACAAUUCUCUACCCACGAACUUACACGCGGUGUAAUGCCCUGGAGGCACAUUUCCCGGGAGGAUCAUAAACUUUAACAAAAACAUGUGAGAUUCAAAACAAAAAAAAAUCAAUAAAUUUACACACGUAAUGAAUAA